AUGAAGAACGCGGCGACGGAUCGCGCGCGCGGGGUGUCAAUCGAGACGGACGUACCGUCCACUGUGUACACGCUGGAUUUGCAUCGACUGAGCGAUCUUGCUCGUGUGUCGAUGGCAGAGCUCGUGCGUGGUAUGCAGCAGCUGGAAGACGUGGUCGAGAUGCAGGGCGUCGUGGUGAACCGAGGCCAGGACGUGCCGUUUGAAGCCGUGGGUCGGACGCCAGAGGACAUUGACCACGCUGAUAGUCAAGAUGAUAGUUUCAUGCACGUACAGGAUGCAGGUUCGGGGAUCAAGCAAGUGCUGCUCACUGCAGCGUCAAGUACCAUGUGUUUAGAUGGCUCGGACACGCCCAAGUGUCUGCUGAUGCUCGGCGAGUAUACGCUGAUGGAGCACAUUUUGGCCCAGCUGUUUGUUGCAGGGAUCCAGCGCGUGGUCGUGAUUAUCUCGUACUUUGGACACGAGAUCAUGACACACGUGAAGGAGAGCUUUCUGUACACAAAGCUGCAGAUUGAGUUUCUUAACCUUGGAGAAGAGACUUCGUAUGGACAUGCACGGACGCUGUUGUCGGCGCGAGAGAUGUUUACGGAACCGUUUUUGAUCCAUACGGCAGACCAUGUGUUUGAUCGAGCGAUAAUUAGUCGCUUGGCACAAUUUGAUCUGGACGAUUGCGUUGCGUGUGUGCUGGUGGAUACAGACAAGAAUGCAGUAAAGGGGUUGCCGUCUACUGCAGGCAAAGUGCGCUUGAAUUCGUCCGACGGCACGAUCAGCGAGAUUGGACGAGGACUGAAGCACUUUGAUGCAAUUGACGCAGGCUUGUUCUUGGCCACUAAGGAACUGUUCGCUGCACUAGAGAUGCUGGCAUACGAGAAGCCAAAGUUUUCGCUGGCAGAGGCGUUGAAUGUGCUGCGUCCGAGUUACGGGUUGAAAUUUGUGGAGACAGAUGGUGAUGCAUGGCUGAGCGUCGAGACUCAAGUGCAGCUGGAUGAGAUUGUGGCUAACAACAGCAUUGCGUUGCUGUCGCUGUGGCCUGUGAUUGUUGCCAAGGAGCCAGUCGAAGAAGCCUCAACUACAUCUGGCGGGAAAAACGUUUUCCUGGCUGUUUCAGCUGCGGACGAUGACUCCGUUUUGCGCGCAGUGAAGGCACAUGUCCGUCAGCCAGCACAUGUGUUUGAAGGAUUUGUAGUGGGUGUAGACCAAGUGCGGGAGGUCGGUGUUGAGGACAAAACAGCACCUGCCCGGGAGUCGAUUCAAGCUCACGAAAACACACCGCUGCUUGAUCGUUCGGUGCGAACAGCUUCGCAUCGAGACCGUGAUGCAGCAGACAUACCCUUGACUAUAUGGCGCCAGCGGGGUUCGUUUCUGAAGCAGGCCGGACAUUCUUUCGUGCUAUCCAUGCCUUACAACGAGCCAUCUGACGUCACAGUUGGUAUUGCCACGGCAGAAGAUGAGCAUAGGAUACCAUCAGCUGCGGUGCAACACGCAUAUCUCAUCCAGCUCCCGCAAGUCACGGCUGCUAGAGAUGGAUCUGGUGCGGUGCAGGAAACGUUGCAGCAGUUUGUGCUGGCUGUGCCCAGCAGCGAUACGUUGUAUAAGCGCCCAGGUUUAUCACGCCGUUUGUCGUCACUGCCAUCAGCUGUUAAAGCUAUUAAGGUGGAAACGGUAGAGUUUUGCGAUAGCACAAUGAAACUGCGGUUGCUCGUUAAGCGGCAGGUGCCUUUCGCUGGUUACGUCCUGCUGCUGGCGUCACUGGUUUCAAUUUCAUCUUUGGGCACAGCGCUGGAAUCGCAGCGCAACGUAAACCCUUUCAUGAAAUUUUUCUGGCGAUUAACUGCUUCGCUGGUCGUGUUCAUUCCUCUUGCUGGAGCUGCGCUGUAUGACCGAGGCCCACCACGAUUUUCAACGCAAAAUAUGAUCCACUUCCUGACGUGCUCAAUAUCGUACGCGGUUUUUCUCACCACAUUCUUAUGGUCACUGUCGCACACAUCCAUUGACCACGCUUACAUAUUCAAUAACUGCCACUCGCUACUCAUGGUCGUCGGACGGCUGAUGCUUGGGCGAUACGUAUCGCAGUUUGAGGGCCUGGGUACUGCCAUUGGUGUGAUUGGUGGAGCACUUACAACUUUGGAUCACCAGCCGUCAUCUUCAACGGGCGUUGAAGUGGUGCAGGUGUCGUUAACUGGCGAUCUCGUUGCCCUUGUGGGUGCUCUGGGAGGUGCUCUUUAUCUCUUGACUGUCAAGAAGUUGCGUACCGAGAUUGAUGUCAGCAUUUUGUUUGCUGGCAUGUUCUUAUUGCUUACACUACUCACAUUCCCGGUCUUUUCACUACUUGACAUUCCGUUCGAGGCAUCCCAAGAUCCUGACAUUGGCCUUUUCGGCUGGCUGCAUCCGUCACGUGCAGCAUCGGAAGCUUACAUUGUGCUCGUUUGCACACUCGUCGGUACGGUGGGCUAUGUUGCCGUUAUGAAGUACUUUGCUCCGAUUGUCAUAUCUGUCGUGAUGCUUGUGGAGCCCGUGCUGGCUGCUUUCAUGGCCGUCGCAGUGACUGCUGAUACAUUUCCCGGUCUGCUCACAGUCGUGGGUUCGUCGCUAAUUAUUGCUGGCACGGCUCUCGUGAUCGCAUCUAAUUCAUCCCGGACCCAAGCAGUUGAUGCGACAUUGGCCAUUUCGUAUGCCUCAAGUGAUGCAUCCCAAAAUCUCAGCUCUACGAUUUCCGGCGGCUUCAAGCUGCGACAUAUGACCACCCCAACGACGAAUGUAAGAUACGUUUAA